UUUGACAACUGCAUAUAUUAUAUAUUAAGCAGCCAUUUUACAAAAAAAAGUUCUCCAAGGAAGACCAAAUUACAUCUGGAUCCAAAGACCGGAUAAGCAUGACAACUACAACGAAGCCGUUGACGACGACAGAUUCGCCGGUGGGGGGUCGUAGAGGCACCGGAGAUGCAUACACCCAGGUGGAAGGCCGCGCCAAGCAUCGGUUGAGGGUGGGGCGACGGAGCCGGUGUUGAAGCAUGCGUCAAGCGACCGAAGAAUAAGGUUGUUGCCGUCGCUGGGGGAAGAGGAUGGAGCUCCAAGUCGGGAUCCCGAUGGAGACGAAGUUCACUCGACAACGCCGCAGGAAGAGCUGUCCGGUUCAGCAGGUGCGAUGGUUGCAUAGUAGAGAAGAAGGCGGAGGCGGAACGCGGUGGAUGGUCGGAGAAGCACAGAUCUGGGGGUGGCGCGAAGAAGGCGAGGUGGAAGAGGAGAAGGGGGAGGCCGAGCACAGAUCUGGGGAGGCGCGAGUAUGGCGAGGUGGAAGAGGGGGAUGAGGAGACCGAGCUGCGGAGGAGCAGGUUUAUUUUAUUUAAACGUACUUUGGUAGGAGCCUCGUCGGCGACUGGAGCUGCAGCAACAGAGACAACGAUGGCAACGGCGAAGGCGACCACCAGGGGAGACCCCAUCACGGGACUCCUAUAGGCUGUACAGGAGGAAGGGAAGGAGGGGGCCCCUUUCCCUACCCGGUGCGGCGAGGACGCCGGGACCGAGAGGAAGGGGCCAGAGAGCGGCUUGGCGGCGGCGGCGGCGAGAUCUAUUCUAUGGGGGAGAGAGGAAGGAGAAAGAGAGAAGUCCCUCCUUGCAGUUGAAGCUACUACUUGAUUCGAGCGGCCGGCCGGCCUUCCGGUGAAACCAAACCAUGGAAGGUGCUGCCGGAGGCCGCGAGCUGAAGGUGCUGGGCGCCUGGGCGAGCCCGUUCGUGCUGCGGGUGCGGGUGGCGCUGCACCUCAAGGGACUGGACUACGAGUACGUGGAGGUGGACCUCGCCGACAAGGGCGACCUGCUCCUCGCCACCAACCCCGUCCACAAGAAGGUGCCCGUGCUCCUCCACGGCGGCAAGACGGUGUGCGAGUCCAUGCUCAUCGUGGAGUACCUUGACGAGGCCUUCCGCGGCGAAGGUCUGGCGUCGUUCCUCCCCGCCGACCCCCACCGCCGCGCCGUCGCCCGCUUCUGGGCCGCCUACGUCGACGGCGAGCUGCUGAGCUCGUGGUUGGCGAUCUACGCGGCGAGGACGGAGGAGGAGAAGGCGGUGGCGGUGGCGCGGACGCUCGGCGCGGUGGACGCGCUGGAGGGCGCGCUCACGGACGCGCAGCGCACGGGUGGCGAGAAGGGGUGGUUCGGCGGCGAUGGCGUCGGCUUGGUGGACCUCGCGCUCGGCGGGUUCGUGCCGGCGAUACAGGCGUCGGAGCCCACGACCGGGCUCAGGAUCGCAGACCCCGCCAGGGCGCCGCGGCUGGCUGCGUGGGUGGACCGGUUCUGCGCGCUCGACGCGGCGAAGGCGGCCAUGCCGCCAAUCGAACGGCUGGUCGAGAUGGGGAGGAAGAGGAUGGCCGAGCCACACGCGGCAGCGACGGCGACUGAUCGAGAUGCAAGAAAAUAAAUGAAUAUUACGCCACUCAUCACAAUUCACAAAAGGAAGAUCGGCUACUACCCACAGGCCACAGCAGAUUUGUUGUAUAAAUAAAUACUUCUAGUGAGCAAUACAGAUGAUCGCGAAUGUGCUUUGUUGCGCGCUGGA